AUGGAGGCGAUAUUGACUAAGAAAGCAGAUGGUUCCAUUGAGAGACUCAAGGCUAGGUUAGAAGCAAAAGGUUUUAAUCAGGUUCCAGGUCAAGACUUCUUUGAUACCUUCAGCCCUGUGGUAAAACCUACUACUGUCAGAUUACUUCUCUCAUUAGCUAUAUCCUCUGGUUGGGUGAUUAGACAACUUGAUGUUCAUAGUGCUUUUCUGAAUGGUAAUCUAUCUGAAACUGUCUACAUGAAGCAACCUCCUGGUUACAUUGAUGCUCAAUUAGGCCGGGAUCUUGGUGAACAUGGUUUCUUUCUUGGUAUUGAGACAGUUAAAUGUGAUGGUGAUAUACUACUUUCGCAAAAGAGAUAUAUGACUGAUAUUUUAAAACGUGCUGGAAUGGCAGAAUGCAAAGCAUUAUCUACUCCUAUUUCUAUUUCGAAAUAUAUUCCUUUCAGGGCAGACUUUCAACCAACUUUGUCAACAUAUGCAUGCUCCUAUAGUACACAUUGGGAACAACUGAAACGAGUCUUGAGGUAUGUCAAGGGAACUAUCACUUAUGGUCUGCGAAUCAGAAAGUCACUAUCCAGAGAUUUGCAUGCUUUUUCUGAUUCUGAUUGGGUUGGUUGUCCUGAAGACCGAAAGUCGACUAGUGGUUAUGAUGUGUUUCUUGGGUCCAAUCUUGUGUCUUGGGUCUGUAAGAAACAAAGAACUGUUGCUAGAUCUUCUACUGAGGCUGAGUACAAAGCACUAGCAGAUGUUUGUGCUGAAAUAGAAAAUGGUGAUGAAGUUAGACAAGAGACAUUUCAACCAAAAAGACGUCAUCAUGAUAUACUUUUAGCAGCUCUUGGUAAGAAAGAUUAUUUGAGUUCUGUAAGAGGAGUUGGUGCAUACUUCACCAUUCAAGAUGUGUUUGGUAGACCAGAGCGGAAAUGA